AUGGCCUGUGAACAAAGCAGCCAGUUCAGGAACGGAGCCCUGAAGCCCCACCCCAUAGCAACCAAAUAUACUCUUCCCUUCCAAGGGGACCUGAAGCCCCACCCCAUAGCAACCAAAUAUACUCUUCCCUUCCAAGGAGCCCUGAAGCCCCACCCCAUAGCAACCAAAUAUACUCUUCCCUUCCAAGGGGACCUGAAGCCCCACCCCAUAGCAACCAAAUAUACUCUUCCCUUCCAAGGGGACCUGAAGCCCCACCCCAUAGCAACCAAAUAUACUCUUCCCUUCCAAGGAGACCUGAAGCCCCACCCCAUAGCAACCAAAUAUACUCUUCCCUUCCAAGGAGACCUGAAGCCCCACCCCAUAGCACCCAAAUAUACUCUUCCCUUCCAAGGGACCCUGAAGCCCCACCCCAUAGCAACCAAAUAUACUCUUCCCUUCCAAGGAGGCCUGAAGCCCCACCCCAUAGCAACCAAAUAUACUCUUCCCUUCCAAGGAGACCUGAAGCCCCACCCCAUAGCAACCAAAUAUACUCUUCCCUUCCAAGGAGCCCUGAAGCCCCACCCCAUAGCAACCAAAUAUACUCUUCCCUUCCAAGGAGACCUGAAGCCCCACCCCAUAGCACCCAAAUAUACUCUUCCCUUCCAAGGGACCCUGAAGCCCCACCCCAUACCCCACCCCUUAGCAACCAAAUAUACUCUUCCCUUCCAAGGAGAUCAGAAGCCCCACCCCAUAGCAACCAAAUAUACUCUUCCCUUCCAAGGAGUUCAGAAACCCCACCCCAUAGCAACCAAAUAUACUCUUCCCUUCCAAGGGACCCUGAAGCCCCACCCCAUAGCAACCAAAUAUACUCUUCCCUUCCAAGGGACCCUGAAGCCCCACCCCAUAGUAACCAAAUAUACUCUUCCCUUCCAAGGAGGCCUGAAGCCCCACCCCAUAGCAACCAAAUAUACUCUUCCCUUCCAAGGAGACCUGAAGCCCCACCCCAUAGCAACCAAAUAUACUCUUCCCUUCCAAGGAGGCCUGAAGCCCCACCCCAUAGCAACCAAAUAUACUCUUCCCUUCCAAGGGGACCUGAAGCCCCACCCCAUAGCAACCAAAUAUACUCUUCCCUUCCAACGAGACCAGAAGCCUCACCCCAUAGCAACCAAAUAUACUCUUCCCUUCCAAGGGGACCUGAAGCCCCACCCCAUAGCAACCAAAUAUACUCUUCCCUUCCAAGGAGCCCUGAAGCCCCACCCCAUAGCAACCAAAUAUACUCUUCCCUUCCAAGGGGACCUGAAGCCCCACCCCAUAGCAACCAAAUAUACUCUUCCCUUCCAAGGGGACCUGAAGCCCCACCCCAUAGCAACCAAAUAUACUCUUCCCUUCCAAGGAGACCUGAAGCCCCACACCAUAGCAACCAAAUAUACUCUUCCCUUCCAAGGAGAUCUGAAGCCCCACCCCAUAGCACCCAAAUAUACUCUUCCCUUCCAAGGGACCCUGAAGCCCCACCCCAUAGCAACCAAAUAUACUCUUCCCUUCCAAGGGGACCUGAAGCCCCACCCCAUAGCAACCAAAUAUACUAUUUCCUUCCAAGGAGCCCUGAAGCCCCACCCCAUAGCAACCAAAUAUACUCUGAAGCAACCAAAUAUACUCUGA